UCGUAUCCGAAUAGAAGGCAUGGCGAAACUCUACAAGCUAAAAAUGAGCUUUUGUUGACGCAGGACACGUUAUACAACACAAUGGCUACACCGAGAAGUGAUGGGAGUUUAGUCCGGUACUACUGCACCGCCGGUAACGGGAUGGAGGUUUUUUUAAUGGACGAGGUGAAGAGGAAACUGGCAGCUGAAGAUGUGUGUCAGCUGCCAGGUAAAGUGUUGUUCAGCUCCUCUGUGGGGAUCGACAGAGUCAGUGAGCUGAAGGCUGCAGAGAGACUUUUCCUCCUGUUGAAACAAGACUCACCUGUGCGGCUGUCUGCCCACACCAGCCCAGCAAAAGCGUCCUCUGUGCUGCAGUCCAGACUGCUGGGUGACAGGAAUCAGUGGAGCAGUGCUGUAAUGACGUGGAGCCGCCUGCAGGGGGAGCUGGCAGGCAGAGGGACCACUGCCAAACCACCAACCACUGCCCUGGGAGGGACAAGGAAGAGGAAGGAGGGGAGAGGGAGCGAGGAGCCUCAGAGUGAGACAGCAGCACAGAGAGGGGAAACAACCAGCAGAGAAACCUGUGGAGCUGAAGCUGAGAUACUGGAGAAAAAGAGACAGAGGGACGAUGAAGAAAGUGAGUCUAAUAUUGACCAAAAUGCAGAGAAAGAGAGGACAUCUGAGAGAGAAACAAAGAGACAGUACAAGGAGGAGGAUGAAGAGAGGAGGAGGAGGAUGGAGUUCAGUAGCAGUGAACAAAAUGGGAAAAAAGAAAUCACAUCAGAAACAGAUUUGUGUGGAUCAGUUUGUGUCCACGCAACAUCAGGACCAGGACACAAUGUGGAGAGAAGCUGCAGGAAGACGGAUGACAUGGCAAAGGACUUCACUGUGGAAAAUGUGACGACUACUGGAGGAAGAGAUGACACACUCCUGCACCCCAGCAGGACCAAACCAGAGCCGUCUUCUCCCGUCCCGGUCUCUUUUAGGAUCAACUGCAAGUGCACCGGAUCUCUGUCCAGAUUCUUCAGCACACAGGAGGUGAGCAGAGUGAUUGGAGUCGGUCUGAGCAGACUGCUGUGCUGGAAGGCCGACCUGAAGAAUCCUCAGCUGGAGGUAAAUGUUUAUUUGAGUGAUGACCACUGCCUGCUGGGAAUUCCACUAACCAGGUCACCUCUGGCUAACCGGAGCUACAUUAAAAGCACAGGACUGAGGUCCACUGUAGCCUGGGCGAUGACCUCGCUGGCUCAGAUACAGCCAGGCUUCUGUGUGGUCGACCCAAUGUGUGGAGUUGGAACCGUCCUAAUAGAAGCAGCGCAGGAACACGAGGCUGCAUGUUUCCUGGGUGUGGACAUCGAUGAUGCUCAGCUGCAGAAGGCCAGUGAGAACGUAGAGUUUGCAGAGCUGGGAAACACGAUACACCUGCUCAAAGCUUCAUCUAUGACGCUGCCUCUGCCCAGCGCCAGUGUCGACGCUGUAGUCUGCGACCUGCCAUUUGGCAGGAAGUUUGGCACCAAAACAAACAUGGCUGCCAACCUGCCACUCAUCCUCGCAGAGAUGGAGAGAGUCCUCUGUGUCGGCGGCUCCCUGGUUCUCCUUCUGAGUCCUCAGUUGUCCUGUCUUCUGAAAAAACUCCUGGCCCAGAAAGACACUGGACAAAUGUCUAGGCAGCAAAGAAAGCCUCAAACUGGGGUACAAGACUGCUCACUUCCCUCUCAAUCAUCCACAAAGCAGCAAACAUCCCAAAUCCACCACGAGGUCAUCUCCCGACCUGCCUCUGAAACAGACGCUCAGUCUGCGCUGGAAAACAGUCAGCGUCCCUCUGUCUCCGCCCUGAAGCACGAGGCAACUUUUCGAGUCAGCUUGGGUGCGAUAGAUGGACUUAUUCAUAAAUAUGUCAAGACGGACACUUAAUCAGUGUCGGUGAAAGUUACACUUUAAGUAUUUAGUUUUGUUGAAAUCCACACUGUAUUAGAACUAUUUUGUUUCCAUACUGUUUUAUAAUUGCAAAUUAAUUGAACAAAUACAUACAUUUAUUUUGAAAUACAGGUGAAGUUUGAGUUUUGUGAGCUUUGACAGCUGCGUGAGCUGUGUAUUACAAAUAUUGAUAUUCCAGAGGUAAAUCCAUUUUGCUAUCCUGCAUGCAAUUAACAUUCAAAUCAUCUUCACUGAAUCUGAAAGAACCUGACUCCUGCAGGUCUUGGAGUCUCUUACGUCUUUUCCACCACAUCAGCCCUUGUUCUUGAACUGGUUCCAUUCAGAAAUCUUGAAACCUUCAUGCUUUCUAGUGAACCAGCCCAACUUCCCACCUGUUUUGCACAGAUAUAUUGUAAUCAAGGAUGUGUCAUCAUGGUGCGUUGUACAAUGCACCACUUAAAAAACAGUAUUAGCAAGGUGGCAAAUUAACUGCAAACUAUUGUUCUGUGUUUACAGAUA